AUGGAUGACAAGAAAAGAAACAAAAAUUUCACUAGGCAAGAGAUGGAGGUUCUUAUCGAGGAAAUUAGCGCAAGGAAGAAAGUACUCCUUGGGAGACUGGAUAACAGUAUCUCGAUGCAAAGUAAGCGACGCGCAUGGGAACGGGUGGCGGAGGCCGUUUCAGCGGUGGCCAACUCCCUUAGAGAUGUGGAUGGGGUGAAAAAGAAAUGGGCAGACUUAAAGUCGGCUGUUAAAAAAAAAGGAGCAGAGAGAUCAAGGGAGCAAAAAAUGACAGGUGGUGGAUCACCGUCUAUUAUUCUGGAUGCAUUUGAAGAGAAGGUUCUGUCAGUCAUCGGAGAUACAGCGGUGACAGGCAUUAAAUCCGGUGUGGAUACAGAGGAAGUGACCUUGACUUUGGAGCUCCUACCGGUUGUUUCACCUUCCACAUUGGACCUUGCUGGUGAGAGAGAAGUUGAAGAGGCCCCCCUGGAGCCUGAGAUGAAUUUAUCCCAGAUCCUGUUAGAUGGCAACCCUACUCUGUGCCAAACUCCCAAGCCAAAGGAGAUGAUUGACAUACAGACCCAGCUGCUGAAAGAAGUUGCUGAACUCCGAAAAGUUCAGGAGUUGCUUCAGGUGGAGAGAGAGGCUGGAAAUAGAGAGACAAACACUAGAAAUAAAGAAACAUAUUGGGUCAUUCCAGCGCAAGAGGGCCCUCUGGCACCCGUGUCCAGACCUGCGGAAUCUCCACACAUGGUCCCUGGACAGGACAUGGAGGUUCUAGAUGCCCGAUCAGGGUCGUGCUCUCUUUUCUGCAAGAAGUGUUGGAGCGUAGGCUGCGAGGAGGUUAAAUCCUCCGUAUCCUCAUCUGCUACACUCUUGGGAUCUCCCCUCGGUCCUGACGGCCUUGAAGCAGGAGCCCUUUGA